AUGACCGUACCCAAUCGCGAACUAUGGCUUACUCCUUCAAAGUCACUUGCUACUCACUCUAAGUUCUACCCUACAAAGAUCACGGUGUCCCACCACCAACUGCGUCAUUUCAUCAGUUCGUCGGAAAAAGACCUCAUCUACUAUGUGUCUUGUAAGGACGUGUUUGUCCUCGAUCUCGCCACCCAACAGAACUCAUUGAUUGCAACAAUACCCUUCGAGUCCCGAUGUCUCGCUGCUGAUUUGGGCUGGGUCUGUGUGGGAGGAGAACACAAUGGCGACUGCGCCUUCAUCAAGAUCCAGAAGGACGAACACGAUCGGCCGACAUGCUUUGGUCAUGACAUGAAUAUUGAUUUAUUGGGAGGAGAAAUCGUAAAUGCCAUGAGCAUUCACACGUUCUUGAACCACGGCAAGACUCCCGACGAGCCCGUGGUCCUGAUCAGCAACAACGACAAGACCGUCAAGAUCUACUCUCUGGCUCAACGACAAGUGCUGACAACUCUACGGCAUCCCGCUCCAAUAAAUUUCGCAGCCCUGUCUCCCGACUCCACGAUCCUUGCAGCAGUGGGAGAUUCCGACCGUGUAUACUUCUAUCGACGACACCUCGAGGAAGACCGGGACAUCAUCGACGGUUCUUCCGGUAAAUACGCCAAGUAUUGCUGGCAGCUGUUUGCAAAGCCUGUCGUGCCAAUUGGGGAUCCCGUUUAUGACGACCACGGCUUUGCGGUGACCUUUUCGCCUUCUGGAUCUCUUUGCGCGGCGUCCUCCCAAGGUGGGUCGAUCUCGAUAUUCGACAUGCGACAUCUUCUGAGCAGCUGUGACCCCAGCGAAUCCUCGAUAAUAUGCAGCUUUAGAUCGUCUCGACCAGCUUUGUUUGGAUGCGUCAGAUCUAUGACCUUCUCUCCCGCACCGUGGGACCUCCUCGUCUGGGCUGAAGACCACGGGAGAAUAGGAGUCGCGGAUGUGAGACAGUCCUGCGUACGACGGCAAAUAUUGGAUCUCGAUCGUCAGACAACAGAGGAAGUCAAGCUCGAAGAUGGAACUCCGGUCGCGUUUCGUAACAUAACGCACAAGGAACGGUUGUUGCAGCAACGUCUCAUCCGGCUAAGAGCGAUGAGUGGCCUGUCUCGCAGAGACUUGGACAACGAGAUACGUGCUAACGUUCUUCUGAAUGAGACUGCUCAGAGGCACAAUCGCCGCGAUUUGAUCAAUUAUGGGGGGUUUGACCUAGACGCACGAGAGAGAUCGGUUGUUGAGGCGCUUGAUACUACAAUGGAGCACGUGGAGGUCGAUACCACAUUGGACCCUUCGGAACAGCCUCGCAGUCGCGUAUACAGUAUUGACUUCUCUAGCUCUUCCCCGGGCUGGAUGGCCAGCAGUAUUUCGAGUGACGCUACCCCUCAAUCUCCUGGUGCCGCUGGCCGGUCUGUCGCUCCUCGCUCUCCCCGACCAAGGAGGAGAACCUCUAUCGUUCUCUCAGAGCCGACUGGAAGUCGAUUUCUCGAUCUCAACUCCAUCCAUCGUGUAAGGCUAUCUGCAUCUCCAGCUCGGAUGGACGAUGAUGAAGGCCCGCCUGCCGAAACGACGAAUACUUCGAAUUCAACAUCCGGGCCCUCCAGCAUUCCACAAAACGACCCCUGGUACGUCAUUCAAUCAGCACUUGAGACGGCUCGUGUAUCGGAUCAGGGUAAUCGCAGUUCAACACUUCUUGCUCGGGUCGAGGCUGCGUUGGAAGCUGAACGGCGACUCGGUAUCCAGCUUGAGCGUCAACUAGCCGAUGAGAGGCAAUUGUCACUGUUACUUCGCAGGCAGCUUGACAUCCAACAGCGUCUCCUCGCCGACAACCCGGACGAAUUUGACAAUCUUCGGACAGCAGCAAGGGAGUCAAACGCCAGGGUUGCAGCCUCGUUGGAACGCAUUGUCCAAGCACAGCUGACACAUGAGGAACAGUACAUACAAUCACGGUCGCGGGAGCUGCAGAGUGAAUUGAGAGUUGGUGUAGAGUAUUUCAGAAGACUGCAAACUGAGCGCGAGCGGAUCUUGGACGGCGCUUCGGGCGAUGAUGUGAACUCUCUCGACCCUCCGAAUUCGAGCUCGGCCCGGACUUCAACACUACCCACCACGAAUCUUAGAUCGUCCGGUCAGUCAGACAGCGUCCCAAACGUGCUCACAGAUUAUUCCGAAUCCAGCCGUCAGAGACUAGCUCACGUCGAGAACCUCCAACGACAGGUACGCCGAGCAGAGUCACGGGUAGCUCAGGCCGCAGUCGAUACUCGGGCUCUCGAAACCGCCAUGCGGCGCGGCAGCCUAGGAAAUCAGCUUGAAAAUCAGAGUGAAUCCGUGAGAAGCUUCCUUGGUGCCGCCGAGGCUUCAUCCACAUCCGUCGGGACAUGGACCACCGAAAGAGCUGCGCGAAGUUAUCAGAUAGUACCCCAACUCAUCAACCGUCCCGCGACAGCCAAUACCAAUGUACGACGAGGCCCUGUGACCACAACGGCAGACCCGUCACCUCAGCGACUUAGUUCUAACAGCGGGAGAGAGGCACAACGUACUGGUCGCGUUCCAGAUGCAGACAUGCGCAUGGCACGUAUCCUGUUCUUGAGCGGCGUGACUGGAAACCGAUCAGUGGAUGCCAAUGGAAAUUGGUUGCCUCCCGCCAAUGGAUCUGCGUUGGAACGCGUUACGGGUACUCAUGGAAGGUCUGCAGCGGCCACAGGAGCAGCAGGUCUGAUCGAGCUAGGGACAACGGGAAUCGGGUUUAGUCCGGAUGGGCAAUUUCUGUACGCGGGUUCUGAAGAAGGAAUCUUCGAAUUCAAAGUCAACCUCCGCGACCGCAUGACCUUCCCUUCCUUCGAGGUGAGGUAA